CUGGAGCUGGCCAAACUUACUGGUUCUCGUGCGCAUGAAAGAUAUGUCGGUCCUCAAAUUCGAAAGAUUUUUGAAACACGGCCUGAAAUUUAUCAGAAUACAGAGAGGGUAUCCUUAGUUAGUUCUUUUAUGGCAUCUUUACUUAUCGGGGGUUAUGCUUGCAUUGAUCAAACUGAUGGAGCAGGAAUGAAUCUCAUGGACAUUGAGCACAGAACUUGGUCCAAGAUAGCUCUGGAGGCUACUGCACCUGGUUUAGAGGAGAAACUUGGGAAGUUAGCUCCUGCUUAUGCUGUUGCUGGUUCUAUUGCUUCCUAUUAUGUUGAGAGGUACCACUUCAACAAAAAUUGUGUAGUCGUUCAAUGGUCUGGAGACAACCCCAACAGCUUAGCAGGGUUGAACCUUAACACUUAUGGAGAUCUGGCAAUCAGUCUUGGCACAAGUGACACUGUCUUCGGGAUUACCACUGACCAUAAACCUAGCUUAGAUGGCCAUGUAUUUCCUAAUCCAGUAGAUACCAAAAGCUUCAUGGCAAUGUUGGUCUACAAGAAUGGGUCUUUGACUCGUGAAGAUAUACGUGAUCGCUAUGCAGAUGGAUCUUGGGAGGUUUUCAAUAUGUUUUUACAGCAAACACCACCUUUGAAUGGUGGAAAGAUUGGCUUUUAUUACAAAGAGCAUGAAAUACUUCCUCCUCUUCCAGUUGGUUUCCACCGCUACAUUCUUGAUAAUUUUACAGGUGACUCCAUGGAUGGAGUAAUAGAACAUGAAGUAGAGGAGUUUGAUCCGCCUUCAGAGGUUCGAGCGUUAAUUGAGGGGCAGUUACUCUCCAUGCGAGCUCAUGCCGAGAGACUUGGAAUGCCUUCUCCACCCAAAAAGAUUAUUGCAACUGGAGGAGCAUCUGCAAAUGAUCAUAUCCUGACAAUUAUUGCUUCUAUUUUUGGGUGCAACGUCUAUACUGUCCAAAAAACAGAUUCAGCUUCCCUCGGUGCUGCCUUGAGAGCCGCUCAUGGUUGGUUGUGCAACCAGAAGGGAAAAUUUGUACCCAUCUCUGAUAUGUAUAUAAGGAAAUUGGAGGAGACAUCCUUAAGCUGCAAGCUUACGGUGCCUGCUGCAGAUCAAGACCUUAUUGACAAAUACACAUUGUUGAUGAAGAAGAGAUUGGAAAUUGAAAAUCGUCUCAUCCAAAGAUUGGGACGUUAGUAAAUUUUCACUCAGGUCAUGUACU